GAAUGCGUAUUGCGUAAAAACUGUCCACGGCCGGGAAAGCCCGUCGUUGAAUGCUGUAGCUAUCGCUACGAUGUCCUGCAUGUGUCUGUCUUUACAAGCAAUCGAAUUAUCAACCUUCUCAUGUAGCAAGCUGCUUACCUGAAACCUAAUUUUUGGAUAGAGUGAUAGUAGAAGUCUCAUUUCAGUAUGAAUGAGCCAGAGGGACUGCGGUUCAGGAGGCUGAACAGACCACAGAUUAUCACAGACGAAUUACAGGAACCCCAAUACAAGGGCACCAGUACCUACAGUGGAAAGGUAUUCCGUGUGACCCUGGUGACCCUGGGAGGAUGCCUGAUCCUUCCAUUGCUUGUAGUCUUUUUUCUGCUCGAGUCUCCUAUUCACCCUGAGCUGCUCAGCCUCAAUGAGCCUCCCCUUAUGUCUGGGUGUUACGAGCCCAACAUUAAGCUGAGGGAAGCACAGCGGCUGUUUGAGGACCAGCUUGUUGGCCCAGAGUCCAUUGCCAACUUCGGAGAUGUCAUUUACACAGGUACGGCUGACGGGAAGAUAGUGAAGAUUGAAGGCAAGAGCAUCACUGUUAUAGCCAGACUUGGCAAGCCACCGUGUGAUGGAUCCCGUGAGCAGGAGCCUAGCUGUGGACGACCCCUGGGUAUCAGAGUGGGUCCUAACGGUACCCUUUUUGUAGCUGACGCCUAUCUGGGGCUGUUCGAGAUCAACCCUGUCACAGGUGAGGUGACCAACCUGGUGUCGGCUGGGCAGAUGGUUGGGGGCCGGAGGCUCUCCUUCGUCAAUGACCUGGAUGUAACACAGGAUGGGAGAAAAGUGUACUUCACAGACUCUAGCAGCAGGUGGCAGCGCAGAGACUACCUUCAUCUCAUCAUGGAGGCCACAGCAGAUGGACGUGUGUUAGAGUACGACACAGAGACCAAGGAGGUAACCGUGUUGAUGGAGAACCUUCGUUUUGCCAACGGGAUCCAGCUUUUCCCUGAUGAGGAGUCUGUGCUGGUGACUGAGACUACCAUGGCUAGGAUUCGCAGGGUCCAUGUGUCAGGUCUAAAUAAAGGAGGAAUGGACACAUUUGUUGACAACCUGCCUGGUUUCCCUGACAAUAUCCGUCGCAGCUCUUCUGGAGGGUACUGGGUGGCCAUGUCAGCGGUGCGGCCCAACCCUGGCUUCUCCAUGCUGGACUUCCUGUCCCAGAAGCCCUGGAUCAAGAAGCUCAUCUUUAAGCUCUUCAGCCAAGACAUGCUGAUGAAGUUUGUGCCUCGCUACAGCCUGGUGAUAGAGCUGCAGGAGAGCGGGACGUGCGUGCGUAGCUUCCAUGACCCCCACGGCAUGGUGGCGGCCUACGUCAGUGAGGCACACGAGCACGACGGCCACCUCUACUUAGGCUCUUUCCGCUCCCCUUACCUUUGCAAGCUGGAUCUCAGCAAGGUGUGAGCUGAGAGCUGAGCACAACCACUUUCUCAGACACGACCCAUAUAUGAGACUGCUGUCUGCCUACCUAACACCUCACUACCUAGUCUGUUUUCCAAUAGCAGCAAAUACAUCAGAAUUGAAAAGAAUGGCUUCAUGCUUGAUAUGCUGCAUUUGCAUUGCUUUUCACCAGCUUCAGGAAAAAAUGGACUAGUCUUCAUUAAGUAUCUGCACUAUAUUAAGGCGCAUUUGACUGGGAUGCAUAUCCAUCCUUUCUAGUCUUAUCAGCCUACAAUGAACUAUUAACCCUUUAAUUUCUGUUGACAGUGCAUCUCAGUAGUUUCUCAAGGAAUGUUUUUUAUUUAACCAGUCUUUGGGCCAAAUAGUUUGCCCAAAAAUCCCCAUGUAAGUACAUUGUCUUUUAGGUCUGUGUUUUAGGUUGUUGAAAUUUGCCAAAUUUGUCCUUAUUUUUGUUUUGUUUGUUUAAACCAUUCAGUAUCUCAAAUUUUAAUUUCAUUUUUGCACUAAGCUCUCAUCUCACCCUUAAAUAUAACUGACAAUGUUAUUAUUGUACUUGGAGAAUUUCAAAGAGUUAAUUUUAUCCUUUGAAAUACACACCGAGUAUUAUUUUAGGAGUGCCACUUUGAACGGAUUUAUUUUGUGUAUAUUUAGAAAUCCAAGAUAUUGUUCAUCAUAAUAAAGGUGAUGCAAAAAGA